UUUUAUUAGUUGGUUGGUUGGUGGUGUUGGUUGGUUGGUCUAAAUUAGCCUUCACCUUUUUAAAUUCAGUGCUAAUAUAUUUAAGUAGGUACAAUACCGUACGUCAUGCGGUCCAACACAGCACUCCUCGUGGCAAGAUUCGCGCCAGUACUCCUUGCCAGCUACGUCAUUAAUUGCGCCUCGGUCCCGACAAGCAAUCUCAAAGUGGCAAUAGUAAACAAAGAUGCCGAGCAGACUGACAGCACCUGCAAGUUCCAAGAGACCUGUUCCUUCCAGCAAAUCUCCUGCAGAUACCUCGCCCAUCUGGACCAGCAGCCAGUCAGCAAAGCAUAUUACACGAGUGUGAAUUCCACCGUGCAAGCUUUGAAGACCUCGGAGUUGGAUGUGUCAGCAGUUGUUUACUUCAACGAGAACUACACCGAUGCAUUCGUGGCUAAAAUGGCGUUAGGGGAGGACGCCGACGCUGAGACGGUGAACUCGGGACAGAUCCACGUUUGGCUGAACGCGGCCCAGCGUGCGGACCAGCUCAAGCAGUACAUACAGACAGCCUUCGAUCAUUUUGUUAAGGACGUGAUGAAAGUGUGCUCGUUCGCGCAGUACGACAACGACAAUGGCCGGUUCUCGUUCAGAAACUUCAUCAACUACCACUACGUUUAAUACUGCCAUGUUA